GCAAGUAGGGCGGCCGUGUGACAAGUGACUUCUUCGCUCGCGAGUACAUAACAAUAGCCGGCCAAUUUAUGAACUCGGAAGAACACCUCCUGUCUGUUCUGUCAGAUAUUCCCAUUUUAAGCCCUUGUCGCCCGUUCGAUAGGUCACUGACCCGGGUGGAGGCGUACGCAUCGCUGUCAUGACUUUGGUCUCCGGCAAAAUGGCGGCUUUCCCGCAGAGUUCUCGCUCGAGCGGGAGAAGCGCGCGCUCCAGAUUUGGCGGGUAAGCAGAUCGGCGCCUGGGGAUUGGUGGUCGGUGAUCGCGGAGUGAGAGAAAAUUGCUGCGAGUUGGCCUCGGAGCUUACGAUCACCAGCAGAUCUCCCCGGAGGCCUCUAGGGUUUGCAGUUUCUCAACACCAGUAAACAGGAGCAGCCUAAACCUCUGCUGAGAGAGAUGGAGCUGGAUGAUGUUGCAAAAUACAGCUCUGCUAUGAUGGUUGUUCCAUAAGGCCAGGAUGUCGAAGAAAAGAAAAUAUCCUUUGACACGAUUAGAAUGCAUUUGUGGUAUCUGUCGGGAGAUACUUCUGGAGCCGGUGACGCUGCCAUGUGGUCAUACCUUGUGCCACCCGUGCUUCCAGUUAACUGUAGAGAAAGCCAGCUUGUGUUGUCCUUACUGUAGGAAGAGAGUUUCCAAUUGGGCACGUAAAAAUGCACGUUCUGGAACGUUGGUUGAUACAGAGCUGUGGGAAAUUAUCCAGCGUCAGUAUCCAGAGGAGUGUGAGCGCCGUGCCCGGGGACAGGACACUGUGGAGGAUGACUUUGAGGAUGGCUUAGCCCCCUAUCCGAUACCUCACAUAUGCAAACCUGGAGAAAUCCGACAAGAAUAUGAGGCAGAAAUUAACAAGAUUAAAGCUGAGCAACUUAGCAGAGAAGAAGAAGAAAGCCGAGCAAGUGAAGAGUAUAUUCGGAAACUUUUAGCUGAGGAAGAGGAGGAACAACGAGCUCAUAUAGAAUAUUUACAGAGGCAACUGGAUGAGCAGCUGAAGCGAGAUGAGGAGUUAGCUCGGACACUAAGCAGUGAUCUGAAUGAGUCUACUACAUCUGAACAGUCAUCCAUUUUAGAAAUUCCUGUAGUUUCCAGGCAGACUCCCAGCUCAAAGGCUUCGAAAAGUGUGAAGGCCAAGCCAAAAGUGUCUGGAGACAUUGAAAGGUUUCUGUCCCCAAAAGCCAAACAAAGCAUUCAUAGUUUUCCUCAAAUGAAGAGUGAAGAUUUAAAGAGCAUUAAUUCCAGUGCAUGUGUGUCGGACUCCGAAGGAGAAUCUAUGCCAAGUCUGUCACCCCAAUUCAGUUUUCAUGUUGAUGGCAGAAAAAUGCAUGACUCUGAUGCAGAGCUGCCAAUACCUUGUCUGUCAAAAUACUCCCCUACUGAUGCAGCUGAAAAUGGCCUGCAAUUGGAAAGCUCUUAUAAGAAUUCAGCUGCUAAAUCCAUGGUGAGAAGUAAGAUACCAUCAGACUUUGCUGCUAUAGACUUGUCUCCACCAAUGACUAUCAGUGGUCAAAGUGACUGCGGGGGGUGGAGCUCUUCACAACCCAACCAUGGUACCAGUACACCAGAGAAGUGGGUUAAAACUGCAGCCAAACGUGCCUUAGAAUCCCCCAAAGAUGGAGAGUGUCAUACAGCUGAAAAGCGUCAGAAGGUCUCUUGCAUGGAGAAUAGCUCGGUUGCCGGAUUACAUGCUGAGCGAUUAAUGGAACUAGAAGAAACCCUCACUCAAAGGAAAAUGCAGGAAGAACAGGACAGGUUGCUGGCGCUGAAGCUGCAAAAGCUUUUGGACAAAGAACAGAGUACAGUGUCCAGACACAAAGGAUCUCCGGAUGAGUACAAGCUGCGGCCUAAGAGAACAUCAGUGCAACAAGAAACAUUGAACCUAACACCACUGAAAAUGUCUGACAGCGAAGCGGAAAGCCCCAAAAGUGAGGACACUUCAGAUGAAAAUAAAAAACCUGCCCCCAAAAAAUGUAUGCAGCAACCUCAAAAUAGAGCAAGGCACUCAUCAUCAAGAUCCCAAGUCUUAAAGCCAAGUAAUAAGCAGCAAACCAUAUUGGACAUGUUCCAAAGGUCCACUGAAAAGUGAGAGUAUAAGUGUCAGUGAGGGUUGAUUUCAAUGUUUGCUCUCGGUUGCUUUUGGUUAUUGCGUUAAAGAUUUAACAGCAUUGAAACUACUUUCUGUUCUUGUCUUUGCAUUGAGUUUUAAUUUGCAUGUGCGGCACCUGAUGUCCUCUUAUGGCAUUAUGGAGCAAGCAAGAAAGUUUCCAACUCUUGGUGUGCAGAGUGGGAGAAUGGAGAAUAUAGGGGGAGAUUUAUCAAAACUUGUGCAGAGGAAAAGUUGCUGAGUUGUCCAUAGCAACCAAUCAAAUCCCUUCAUAUAUUUUUUGACAAGGCAUCUGCAAAAUGAAAGAACAUUUUCUGACUGGUUGCUAUGGGCAACUUUUCCUCUGCGCAGGUUUUGAUAAAUCUUCCCCAUAGUGUUUCCCAAUCAGUGUAUUUCAAGCUUUUGCAUGCUGUGGGUUGGAGAUUUGCAACAGCUGGAGGCACACUGGCUGGAAAACACUAAUAUAGAUCUUUCAAGCAGUUACAAUACAUUGUGCUCACAGCCUUCAUCUUUUUUGGGGGAGGAUUCUGUUCAUGUUUUUUUUUUUUGUUUGUUUGUUUCCACAUUUCAUUACUGUGUAUUAAAUGUACAGCUGUAUAAGAGAAUCGGUAUGAGGGUCGCUCCUUAGUUGCUGCAAUAAACCACUACCAU